UCUCUCUCUCUCUCUCGUCUUCGUUCCCAUUUAAACCCCCCGUUCUCGUCUCUCUCAUCUUCUCCUCGCCGAAUCGAGAGCUCUGAAUCGAAUCCUCUUCGAUCGCUUCCGUGUUCGCAUCGGUCGCGUAGAUCUCUUGGAGUCGCGGGGGAGUGCGGAUCGAGAACGGCGCGCGCUCGGCGCGGGAAUCGGUGGUGGUUGGUCUCCGUCUCCUCGCGGAAUCGGGCUCCGAAUCUUCUUGGAUUCGUUAGGUGUUCGAGUCGAUCGUGUGGAUCUCGUGGAGGAGGCGAAGGGUGUGGAUUGUUGUUUGGGUUUUGCCGAUUCGGUUGCUGUCCUCGUCGGGGAAUGCUUUUUGAGGGGAUUCCCUUGUUGAAAUGAGUACACUGAGCAGGGAGGAGGAAGUUGAGGUUCUAGACACUGGUCAGAGUCAACUAAACUUACAAAAUGUCGAUCACCUUAAAGAGAAUGGAAUUGGAGGUUCAGUUAAUGAAGUUGAAGUUCACUCUUCCCACACUAUGGCCCCUAUAAAUAGCAGAAUACUUCCCGCAUCAGCAGAAGAAAAGUCAAAUCCACUACUACUGGAAAAUCAUCUAGAUGGUGAUUAUGGGGAAGUCGGACACACUAAUAAUUUAUCUAGUGACGGUCACUCCCCAAGUGCUGGUGAUGAUUCAGAUGGAACAGAUAAUGAUACCGACAGCAUUAGUCCGCCAAUCUCAUCUGUUUUUUAUGCUGAUCCAGACAUCUGGAUGCCGCCUCAACCAGAUGAUGCGGAAAAUGAUGCGGAAAGUGUUGCAAACAACGAUGAUGAUGACUACCAAAGUGAUGGUACAAAGUGGGUACAAUCAAGUUUCCCAAGUAUUGUCGAUGAAGAACAACAAAGAAACCACAACCAUAAAGAGGAAAGGAAAAGAGCAAUGUUGGAAGCUAUGAAUGGGCAAUUCAGGAUGCUUGUAGGCCGAUUUCUAGCAUCUGAGGGUAUUGGGUUUCCUGAAAGCGAGAGGAGUGAGAGUUGGCUUGACAUUGUGACUUCUUUAUCUUGGGAAGCUGCUUUUUUUGUCAGGCCUGAUGCCAGCGAGGGGAAGGAAAUGGAUCCGUGUUCGUACGUGAAGGUGAAAUGCAUUGCAUCUGGUACUCGCCAGCAAAGUGAAGUGAUCAAGGGUUUAGUUUUCAAGAAGAAUGCUGCUCAUAAGCACAUGCCCACCAAAUUCAAUAACCCUAGACUGCUACUUCUUCGGGGAGUCCUUGGGCACUCUGAUGUUGGCUUGUCAUCAUUCAAUUCCAUGGAACAGGAGAAAGACCAUUUAGAGAAGUCCAUUGGUAAAAUGCUGGAAACAUGCCAUCCCGAAGUCAUUCUGGUAGAGAAAACUGUUUCACGUAAUAUACAAGAACUUCUUCUAAAAGGAGGGGUAACACUGGUUCUUGAUAUGAAGCUCCAUCGUUUGGAAAGAAUUGCUCGGUGUCUUGGUUCUCCCAUAAUUUCCUUUGCUGAUGUUCUGAUGAAACCAAAGCUGAAUAAAUGUGACUUCUUCCAUAUUGAAAAAUUUGUGGAGGAUCAUGAUAGUAGUGAAGUUGGAAAGAGGCCUUCCAAAACUUUGAUGUUCUUUGAGGGCUUUCCGAAACCUUUGGGAUGCACGAUAUUGCUGAGAGGAGAAAAUAGUGAAGAACUAAAAAAGAUUAAGCGAGUCAUGCAUUACACAGUCUUUGCGGCAUACCAUUUGAUCCUUGAAACUUCAUUUUUUGCUGAUCAAAGGGUGUUUUUAACUGAUAAGAACGCGAACAAAGAGGAAAAUUCUGUUAGAUCUAAAACGAAGCCAUUUGUGGCUUCUGAUGUUGCUCCUAUUCCAGAUGUUUCAGGGCCAGAAGGUUCCACUGGUAUAGAUGCUUCAGUACAUGGAUUAGAUAUUCCGAUCUCUAAUGGCACAUUAACAAAAUAUACCAAUGGGGAAACACUGUUAAAUUCUUAUUCACAUCUGGAAGUAUCUGCAGUUAAUUCUGAUAAUUGUUUGGCUGGAAAGAGUGUUGGUCAUGGUGAUGUUGUUGAUUCGUCGCUACCACUUAAAUGUGAGCCAUUACCAUCUUCUGUCUCAGAAACUUUAAAGAGCUUUUAUGGAGGUCACUUCUGCUUUGAUGUGCUUGGUGCAAAGACUGUCGAUAUACCUGUUCCUUCAUCUCCAAAAACAAGUGUUCAUCCAGAAGGAACCUGUAAAACUAGUCAAGAAAAGCUGGAUGAUGAAUCCUGCAUCAUCAACAAGGAUGAAUCCAUUAUUAGCAAAAAGGAGGGGCAACAAUCAGAUGUCAUUAGAUAUUCUGAGAAUCAAAGUGCUGACUGCUCUGUAAAAGUGAGAAGCAAUGAUGAAAUUGUGAAUAUAUUAGAUCCUAAAAGCAUAGUGCUUUUGACGUCUAGUCAGUCUAUCAAAAAGGAGGCUGUUUGUGAGCAGGGCCAGUUUUCCCGCAUAAAUUACUAUGGUUUUUUUGAUAUGUCUCUAGGCCGAUAUUUUCGAGAUAUCUUACUUAAUCAGAAACACAUUUGCUCCUCAUGUGGUGACCCUCCGGAGGCUCAUGUGUACUCCUACACCCACCGCAAUGGCAAUAUCACUGUUCUUGUCAACCAGCUUCCUCCAGAGAAGUGUUUGUCCGGUGAAAGAGAUGGAAAAAUUUGGAUGUGGACCCGAUGUUUAAGAUGUGAACCUCAAAGUAUGAUGAAAACCAGCCCGAGGGUUUCAUUUUCUACUGAAUCACUAAGUCUUUCCUUUGGGAAGUUCUUGGAACUCGGGUUCUCAAGCCACUUUGCUGCUAUAAAGCUUAAAUGUGGGCAUUCAUUGCACAGGGACUGCCUAAGAUUUUUUGGGUUGGGGUCCAAAGUUGCAAUGUUCAGGUAUUCAUCAGUUGAAAUAUAUGCAGCAUGUAAGCCACCGGCAACACUUGAGUUCCAUAACCCUAACAGACAAGAGUGGCUUAUUGAAGAAGCAAGAUAUGUUCGCGACAGAGGAAACCUGCUCUUCAUGAAGGUUGCAGAGAAGUUGGAGGAGUUUAAUAGCCUGCUCUCAACGGAAUCAACUUUUUCGGCCCAUGCUGAAGAUUUUUCUGAAGUCACUGAGUUGUUGAUGAAAGAAAAAACUGAAUUUGAGGCUUCCGUAUUGAAGGUGGUCGAUUAUAGUGGGAAAUCAGGCACAACUGUUGAUGAGCUUCUUGAUCUGAAUUUGCUCUACCAGGAUCUCCUUCUCGAGCAUUAUGUUUGGGACCGUCGUUUGAAUCAGCUUCUGCUGUGUAAACAAGUCAAACAAGGAGAUGCUGCUUUAACAAGCAAAAGCUCUAUAGAUAAUAAAAUAUCCGAAGAUAUCCCUCAAGUUCCAGAAGAUUCUAAUCAUGCCAGUGUGGAUGUUGAUGAGCCUUCUUAUAGUGGAAUCAAUUAUGUUCAAGAUAAACAAGACAAGCUUGGGAUGGCAUUGCCCGAAGUUAUUGAAGAUAUGAGCAGCAAGAUUUUUCCAGCUAAUGGUAUUUCACAUUCUAGUGAUGGAUCAAUAAGUGAGGAGAAUGUAGCUACAGGAAGUGACAAAGAUGAUCAAGAAGUAUGCAUGCCCGUUAUAGAUAGAAAUAUGCAGGUGGGCAAUUCAAUACAAGUUAUUGGGGAAUCUUUUCUUGGAAAUUCAACUGGUUUAGAAGUAAAGACCAAUGAUUCAUUUAAUGACGGUGGAACAAAUUCCUUAGAAUUGAAGAAGGAACAUGGAUUUCUUCAUGACUUGAAAUGCAGGUGUGAAGAUACAGAUAGAUGGAUUUGGGCUCCAUUUUCUGAAUCACGACUGGUGUACCGAAAGGAGCUUCAAUUUGGUUCUUUGUAUAAGUUUAAUCUUAUCAAUUCCUAUUGUCCAUCCCAUCUACCUCCAGUGUGGCAAAAUUCUCCAGAGGAAACGAAUUUGAUGCAAUUUACAAUUGGCCCUGGUGGUAAUGUUUUAUCUAUAUCUGAAGAUGAGGUAUCAAGUAUAAUUGCUCAUGCCCUAGUAAUAUCUGAGGACCGCCGCCAUUUUUUGGAUGCAGUGGUGGAUAAGGAAGCAGGGGAAGGCAAAGAAGAAUUCAUGUCAGCACUAGAGAAAUCGCGUAGCUUCAGCUCCGAGAGUUCUGGGAAUUCAUCUUAUUGGUCAUCCACAGGAUCUUUCGAUUUUGAAGGGAACCAAUUGUUUAGUAGUUUCUCUUCAGGUUCAUAUAGUUUCUCAUCAUCGUCAUCUGAUGAGUUGAAUUCUGGUUCUGACAGCUCAUCUUUAUUGGUUUCGAAUGAACUACAUCCCGAAAUUCGUAUCAAUGGGAAAGUUGUCCUAAAGAGUAAAUAUACAGUUACUUGUAUUUGCGCCAAGGAAUUUUAUAAUCUCCGAAAGAAGUGUUGCCCAUCAGAACUUGCCUACAUAUCUUCCCUGAGCCGUUGCAAGAAGUGGGACGCACAAGGUGGAAAGAGCAAGGCUUUCUUUGCAAAGACGAUGGAUGAUAGGUUCAUCAUUAAGCAAAUCAAGAAGACAGAAUUUGAGUCCUUUUUGAAGUUUGCCCCUGAUUACUUCAAGCAUGUUUCUCAUACGUUGGACACCAGAAGCCAAACAUGCCUUGCUAAAAUACUUGGAAUAUAUCAGGUCAGGCAAAUCAAAAACGGCAAAGAAAUAAGGAUUGAUCUUAUGGUGAUGGAAAACCUUCUCUUUGGCCGUAAUGUCUCACGCACCUACGAUCUCAAAGGCGCUGUUUUCUCCCGACAUGUUUCUGAUUCAAAAGGCACCGGGAAAGUUUUAUUGGAUCAAAAUUUCGUUGAGGACAUGCGUCUUUCUCCCAUAUAUGUUGGCGGAAAAAACAAGCAUCUUUUACAACGGGCCAUCUGGAAUGAUACAGCUUUUCUUACCUCAAUUAAUGUUAUGGACUACUCUUUACUUGUGGGAGUGGACAAGCAACGGCAUGAGCUUGUAUUUGGCAUCAUAGAUUACUUGAGGCAGUAUACAUGGGACAAACAACUCGAGACUUGGGUGAAAGCUUCGCUCGUCGUUCCUAAGAAUGUCUCGCCAACUGUGAUUACCCCAAAGGAGUACAGGAUAAGAUUUAGGAAAUUUGUUACCAAAUAUUUCCUUAUUGUUCCGGAUGCUCUGAGUUCUGAGCCAUGCGUUGUACCUUGUAAAUUCUGUACUCAUGGCAAUUCAAAGUUGCCAAGGGAACUCGACAACAAGCAGAUGGAGCAGCCAAUUGAAGCUUGCGCGUGAAUAAUUUUGUACACGAUUUCCACUAUCACUUGUUAUUUUAAAACAAGACACUAUGAAGAAUCUGUAUCUUUAUUUUUUUUUUUUUCUUGUUGUUGCCUUAUAAAGAUUGUAUAUAGGGAGUUCCUCGCUUACUAGUCCUAAAAAAUUUGCAGUUUUUUAGCAAAUUAGCGGUCGCAAGUGGGGUCUCCAAUAUGUGUGUAUUAUAAGUAUUCUUUGUUCAUUCAUAGUAACCGUAGAGAAAAAAGCAAGUUUAUCAUA